AUGAGCCGCCGAAAAGCCGUUCAAGAAGGCGAAAGUGGUCAGCAAAGCGGUAAAAUUAAUUCGUUGUUUUGUAAAAUUUGUGUCGUCUUGUUCCACAUCUCACUUUUGAAUAUUUUCGCCCUUUUUUGCACUUUUAAUACAUCAAUGUAACAAUAAUACAAAGUGAAAAGUUUCAGAUGUCGAUCUCACAAUUCGCGUGCAGGAUAAAGGGACGAACGACCCGGACGCGUCUUCCAGAAAGUCACGGAUUGGAGCUAUUUUGAAAGUAAGAACAUUUUUGUCGAAUUGACAGAGUCAAGCACCUUCCAACGUGUUCAUCGUUUCAAGCAACUUGAAGCUUAUUGUUUGCCCAGACAUUUUUCGGCAGAUCCGGUUUUUUGGGUCGUUCUAUUGCUCUUCGCGUGAACGGCGGAUUUCAAAGUGGAAUAGUUCAAGAGCGGAAAUAGAAAUUUCUGAGAAUCAAUUCGAUUUUUUUGGAAGGAAAAUGAAAAUUUGAUUGUUAUCGCAGCUUUUUGAAAUCGGAGUGUCUCAUUGUUUACACAGAGUUUCAAGAAAACACUUUUUUCUGUGACGCAUGUUUUUGUGGGUUAACGUUCAAAGAUUAUUUAAGUGAUUUUUCUCAUUUCUUUAUCCAAAAACUUUUUCGAAGGGAAUUUUGAAACUGUUGGUUUUUAUUUUAAAAUUUUUUCGCUUUAGUAAAAUGCUGGCACUUUCUGAAGUGCCAUUUUAUUAAAAACUUUCAGAAAUAUUUUUGGGUUCGUGAUAUCAUUUUAGUAGCGAAAUCGAGCCCUCUAAUUUAAUACUUUGGUAUAGUUUCCUUCGAAAAAGUUUCUCGCAAAUCUAAAAAAAAAGGUGUUUUUUCAGGAUGGCCCAGCUAGGCUGAAAGAAGGCGCUGCUGAAACUAUAAAAAGACCUUUAACUGGUAAUUUUUUCGGCUUGAUAAUUGUUGAUUCGAAAGCUGUAAUUUAGGCCUUUUCCGUCGUCCUGGAUCGCGAGGCCGGAAAAGGGAAGAAGAAGAAGAAAUGGGCACAGCGCAGCCACCUUCAAACUUUCGGGGCAUUAGUAAAAUUUGUGAGUUUUUUGUGGCUCUUUUUGGGUUUUUUUCCUUUUCUUUGUGUGUGAGAAUGCCUUCUUCUGUCGGAAAAUCUAGAUGCUACUCUUCGCCUUAAGACCUUCAUGACAUUCCUAUGAGCUCCUUCAAAAAGAAUAACAAAGACUUUCAAAAUGAUUUUUCUAAACUUCCUGUUUUAAUCCUCUCUGAAAAGUUCAACGACGUGUUUUAGUGUUUUCUGAUCUAAUCAUUGUUCGGUUAUGAAACAAAAAUUGAUACGGCGUGGCUUUAGCGGAAGGAAAAGAUAACAAGGUUCACAUAAAAUGAACUACGAAAUAGUUCUAUUGUACAAAGACUUCAGGAAUUCUCGCCGAGGUUUUUGAAUUUGCAUAGACAAACUUUGAAAAGGCUCCCAACAAGGUUGUACGGAAGAGAUUUGCGGAAAAAAAACUUGAAAUGAAAUGUCUGAAAGGAAAGCUUUUUUUAUGCCUUUUGUAAAUACUGGUGCUUUCUAUAAAAAAAUAUUUUUUUCAAUAUUUAUCUUCCAAUUAAACAUAGCUUCACUAGUGUCAACUUUUCUCCGAUGAAAAACAUUUUUCUUUCGGGGUAAUUUUGAUUUAAGUGCAUUUACGUUAAUGUCUUCCUUGCAAACCUGGAUUACAAGCAAAAUGUCAUUUUCAGAAGGAUUUCUGGUGAUUUAAAGCUCAGUAAAUCUUUAAACUGGAUUUCUAAAACAAGGGGUUCUUUUGUUAGAAAUUUCCUAGUCAAAUUUUUUUUUUGAAGUUUUCUGUUUUCUAAAAUGACUAUCUUUAGCGUCGGCCCUAGAAGACGUGCACCUGAACGAAGAUUCUCCGCGCGCAGCUCCAAAUGUCCUGAGAGCUCCCAUCGAAGGAUCGGGACUCGAAGAAGUCGCUCGAGCCCCUCAACUCACGUCCACACAGCUCGAAUCCAUGCUCCAGGAGGAUUCCGUCAACGACAGGACGGCUCAUUUGCACAAGUUUGAGAAAAUUGGUCAGUUUUUUUCUUGAUAUUCUUUGUUGUGCUUUCUUGCCUUCUGAUUUUCGAACUGAGCUUAGUUUUCUUGUAAAUUAUGAUGAUUUUUUAAAAUUUUGCUUAAAAUGCUCAGUUAGAUCAUUUUAAUGAGCUUUAAAGUUUUGUGCAGAAUGAGAUGAUAUUUUGAGUUUUGUCACUUUGAUUUUCUAAAAAAAUUUUUGCUUAUGGAGAAUUUUCACGACAUAUAGAAAAAAAGGAAAAUUUGGCCUCCUUAGUUCAAUAUGCAGAGCUAAAUUUGUAGUUUCACCUUUUUUUUUUACUUUUGCAAGAAAAAAUAAUUCUCUAGUAUUUUUUUUUCAAUUUUGUAGGUUAUUAACGAUCGCUGUAAUGCUAAAGAAAACAUGGAUGAAAUUUUCGAAAAAAGAAUUUUUCAAAAAGCGCCUUAAAAGAUUUUUUUAGUGAUACAUUUAUUCUAUACCUUUUUCACACGGGAAAAAACUUAAUGAUUUAGAAAAUGGGCCUAAAACCUAAUUUUACCGAGAGCAUUGAUGUUCGACCUUUCUCGUUGCACUUUUCACUGCUAUUCGACAAAUUUAAUCGAAUAAAUCUUCUUUUUUUUCAGACCUCUCCUUGCUUUCGCGUGUUCUUUCGCUGGAGGAAGAGGUUCACGAGGAAGACACGGCCUGGACCUGGGACCACCUGUUCACUUCCUUGUCACAAGAGCUUCGCGAAGAAUGGAGUCAUGAUAACCUUUUGACUGGAAGAAUGUGAAUAUUCGUGUACUGUGAUAAAUAUUUAUCAAUUUCUAUUCCAGUUUGGUUUUUGUUUCUUGAGGUGGAUGUUCCCCUUUGAUAUUUGACAUUUGACGUUAGAUUUUAGAGUAUUUUUUGUGUAGUUUCACACCAUUUUUUCGUAUUUCACGAACGAAUAAGGAUCAUUUAUAUACUUGUUCUUGGAAGUACACAAGAUUUAGAUGAGAAAAAAAAUGAUAAAAAUUUCAUUUUUUCGAGUCAAAAUAAACCAUUAGACGUCAUCUAAACACCUGAAAUUCCUGUCAUUUUUAAAGUUUAAAAAAAAUAGGAAUCUCGAAAAAUUCUUCAAAACUUUUCUGCCUUUUUUCGGACAAAAGUGAAUAGUUCAUGAAAUUGUCCCUUUUUUCCCUUUCGAGGGAUUUGAAACUCCUCUUACUUAUGAAUGAACAACUCCAGAAUGCGGAUCAGGCCGGCUAGCCUGUAUCGCAACGUGUUACUAGGCCUUUUUGGCUUCGGCGUCUUGUACGGCAUCUACAGCAUCGUCGCCUACGACGACGGCUCCCAUGUCCCUCUCCACAAGCCUCAGAGACACUUGUACCUCACUGUUUCGAAAGAUCGGUACGGUUUUGGGCUUUGAAAGUUGUUUUGAGGGGUCGGAGAAAUAAAAAAACGUUUAGAGUAAGACAAAGUUCAUUAAUAAGUGAAAAUAUCGUUCGUCCAUAGCGACUUGACAGUUUUCGCGUGUCUGCUUCUCUCUGUUCCCUCACCGGCAAAGUCAGAGAAACAUGGAAACAGAACAUAAACAUGCGAGAGACGUCGAGAGAUGAGGAGGGCGCAGAGAAGUCCCGCCCUUUCAAGUCGCGAAAAACGGACUAUAUUGAAACCAGGAACAGAAAAUUGAGUUUUGAAACGAACCAUAGUGAUUUAGAAAUCAUGAAGGGGGAAUCAUUGCCAUUUUUACAGUUUUCCAACCGAUCAACGUAAAAUUAUGUAGAGUUUAUGAUAAAAUCAGUUGAGCCAGUGUUUUAAAAACAAAAACGAACUCCAAAACCCCUAGAACUUUCAAUCCUACGAAUCGUUUUCAAAAUUACAACGUGAAAAGCAGGAUUUUUUCCACUUUUUUUCUUUGAGUUAUAAUGAAAGCACACAGUUUCUUCAAUAAACUAGUUAAAAUAUCCCUUCCAGAAUAAGUGAUCGAUUUGAUAACCUUGCGCCGAAAAGGAUUCUGUACUGGACGAAGGUUUUCGGUCAGGAAAAGCAUCAUUCGGCCCUUUCCGACUGUCCUGGCUUGAAUGUAAGCCUCGUGGAUUGAAAAAACGAACCUUUUUUUGAAGGAUCGCUGCAUAAUCGACACGAAUCGGGAUCAGAUUUCGUCGGCCGACGCCGUCGUUUUCCACGCCGCCGACAUUUCUUCGCAGCCUUUGCCCGCUCCGGAACAACGGAAAUCGUCGCAGAUCUACGUUUUCAACUCCAUGGAGACUCCUAAUAACAGUGGCCGAUUUGCCGUUCCAAGUAUGAAAUUUUUUGAUAAUAAUGGUCAAUAUAAGGGCGAAAUACGAAAAUUCACAAAAAAAAUAAGGCUAUAGUGCUUUGGAGAGUUUUUCAAGAUGUCAUUUUCAAGAUCGAGGCGAGAAAAAAAAAUUUCUGAAAAGGAAAUUUUCGAAACGAAAUUAGUUGUUGUCUCAAAUUUGUCCAAGAUUUGAGUCCAAAAAAAAUUCCGAAAUUUGGACCUUUUUUUCUAGAUUUAAUUAUUAUUAUUUUGUUUCUGAUUCAAGUUAUCAAGUGAAAAAAAAGUAUCAAAAAUUUGCUUUUUCAGACAAUUUUUUUCAACUGGACGUCGACGUUUCUGUACGCUUCGGACGCCAUUCACAAGUACGGAUCUUUCUGGAUUCCAACAAAAAAACGGCGGAAAGUCGAGGCUUCAAAGUCCAGGUGAAAUUCCAGGAACUUUUUAUAGAAUCUGUCAAAUUUUGAAAAAAAUGUUUAUUGAUUUGUACAGGGGGAAAAAAACAAGUCAGUUGCUGAUUUGUGGCUGAGUCUGGACCUGCUGUUGGUUCUGCUGCGACGGACCGAAACCGGCUUCGCGUUUGCCGUAGUAACCAUAGUAGCCGUAGCUCGGCCAGCCGUAUCCAUAGCCACCGUAUCCACCGUAGCCACCGUAACCGCCGUAACCACCGUAGAGACCUUCGUAACCGUAGUAGGGGUAGCCGUAGUACUGGGCUUGGGCCAGAGCCAGAAGGCAGGCGAGGAGCAGGAGAAUAGAGAUGGAUUUCAUUCUUUGACGGUACUUUCCAAGAGACUUCCCCCCUUUUUAUAGUUUCCUCCCAGGGUGUUUGCCAAGAACCGUUUGGCAGAUUCCUUUGAGAUAUAUUUGCGUUUGAUCUAUUUGAUCGGUUUCCCAGUUUCUCGGAAGCUUUUUGACGGGCUCGAAGAUCUUCGAGUUGCGAGAAGGUUUUUAAUUGAGGUCAAAAGUUGGACCUGGCUAAAGGAGAAGUUUGAAAAAGCGACGUCUCUUUCUUUGAUUUUCUUCAAUUUUGAACUUUUACCGAUCGCCUUUUAUUGCCGUAUUCAAAGUGACCCCGCGAAAUCAAAAUUCAUAAAAUUCAAAAUUCAAAAUUCAAAAUUAAAAAUGACCGUCAUAAAAGGUAAAUGAUAAAUAUAUUUUGGAGAGUCAGAGAUAACUUUGAAUUUGGCAAAAAUUUUGAACAUUGGUAACGCGAAACGGACGUGCUGCGGACGUUUUCUCGGCAUUUCUAGUGACCACUUUAGUAACGUCAGCACUCUUAAGUGAUCCCUAGAACUGCUCAGAAAAGUCCGGUGCACGUCCGUACCAAUGUCCGAGAACGGUCAAAAAACCCGAUUGGGAGAAGAAAUUAUCAGAAAAACUCAAAAUUUUCCGGUUUUUUCAAUUACUUUAUUCACUCUACUGUAGGUCAUCAGUUGAAGGAGCAGGUUCCUAUUCAAUUAAAAGGUCUUGAGACGAAUAUUGAAAUAUUACGCGAAGAGGAUAGAUUUUGACGUUUAAUAUUCAGAGCUACUUCAUGAACCCACAGAAGCUGAAAAAGACGAAAAGCGGCAUUUACGGACUAGUUUCCAACUGUGACACGGCAUCUAAAAGAGAAGUUGCUCUUGCGGAACUCGCCAAGUUUGAUUUAAAAAGAAGAAAUAAACCAUAUGGUUCAUUAAGACACAUGGACGUGACUAUCGGUGGGAAAUGUGCCAAUAAGCCGGGUCUUCGAACAAUUUGUCCUCCGUAUCAAGAAUGCCUCGAUAUCUUCGAGCAAUACCCGUUUUAUAUAGCUCUGGAGAAUACGGUAGUGUCUCUUUAGCUGUGUGAGGGGAUUAAUUGAAAGUUCAGGUUUGUGAGGAUUAUGUGACGGAAAAGUAUUGGAACCGCGUUGGCCUGCCGAGUAUUCCGAUUGUUAUGCGCCGUCGGGUUUAUGAGAAGUUGGUUUUUUUUGUUGCACGAAAGUAUGCUCCAAUGAAUUAUUUCUUUGAUUGGCCUCUCAAACGUCCUUUUUUUAGAUUUGAGGUGAAAAAGUCCCAGUUAGGGCAUAAAUUUGCCCGACGUGAUGUUUUUGGCUCACUCUCUAUGCGCCUUUAAAUUGAGCAUUGACUUGAUUUUUUCCAAGUUUAAAGGCGCAUAGGGUGCCAUUUUUCAAGAUAGCCAGAACGAUUUUUAGAAUCUCAAAAAAUUCUGAAUAAGAUUUUAUGCGAAAAUUUAAAUUCCAGGUAUUUCCCGCCAAAAUCGUUUAUCGCUAUGGAUGACUACCGUAACCCGAAAGAAAUGGCCGAACACUUGAAAGUCCUUCAAGCCAAUGAGUGAGUUUCAGGAGUUUGCUGGAAUUAGCCUUGGAGCGCAUAAAAUUGAAAAGUAAUGGCGUUUUUUUUUUUGAAACGCCAAAUUCAGUUUUUAAUAAACUUGAAAUUAAACAAUUCAAUUUUUGAGUUCAAUUGUUAGCAGUGGAGCAAAGAAGGCUGAAAAAUUAGAGGCUAGUUAGAAAAAAAAUUGGUUUCAUUCUCGGAAAAGUGGUGUUGAAAAACUGUGAAAAUACGAUUUUCAGUUUGCUGUUUCAGUGAAAGAAUUUUUCUUGACUCCGAUGCUCUCACCAGUGCUUCUUUCAAUACCAGAAAGCUUUAAAAAAUAUACUUCGUCCAUCUCUGCUCUUAUUGCAUGUCGAAUGGCUUAAAACGUUGCGGCCGACCCAAAGCGGCUUGCGCCUGAGGAUGUAUAUUUUUAUAGCUAUCUGAUCAAGUGAAAAAAAUUUGAAAAAAAUUGAUGAUUUUAUUAAAAAAAUCUUAAAAACUUUUGUACGCCGAAAUGUCCGAAUUGUUGAAUUGAACCAUUUUGGAGACCUUUUUCCUCAAUUUUUCCCGUUUUUUCAGGAGCUUAUUUGAAUUUUUAGAACAGCCUAUGCGGAAUACUUCAAAUGGAGGAACGGCGAAUGGACGACGGCCCCUUGGAACUCUCCAGGCUACCGUAACGGAGUGUGCCGCGUUUGUGAGCUUUUGUGGAAACGCGACGAGAAUUCCACGAGCAAAUCGGUUUUGAUUCAUGUUUUUUGUGCCGAAAAUGUCUUGAAAUCAACGGAUAUUCCUUCGAAAAAUUCAAUUUUUCUUAAUCUUUCCUCACAGUUUAUUUAAUUAGAGAGGUAAAGUGGUCCCUGCAGAAAACCUUAGGGGCCCUCUAGGGACCACUUUACCAAUCCCUAUAGGGGCCACUAGAUUGCGAAAGUGGUUCCUAUGGGGGUUUCAGUUAGUAGCUUCUAGUAGGGACAAAAAAAGGAAAAAUAAAAAGAAAGAGAAAAACAGAAAAAUAAUUUUUUUUGAAAUAAACUGAAAGAUCCUUAUAGGGACCACUUAAGCUUUGGGGGUAAGGGGUCUGGCCCUACACCCCUAUAGGGACCACAUUUUGGGUCUCUGUUGGGGUUGUUCCCCCCAACUUCUAUAGGGACCACUCUAAAAUUUCUAAGUAAGCCUCCCACGAAAAGGAUUAUAUCGAAUUUUUGCAGAUCGAAAACGUCUGGACCUGGUUUGAUGAAACAGCCAAAUGCGAAAAGGACGAAUUUGUACAGUCUUGGAUUAAAUCUUGA